CGUGUUAAAGGGCCAGUUCACCCUAAAACAGCCACGUCUCUGUCGCAGCUAUGACAUCUUUUUUAAAUAUUAAAAGAAAAAUUAAAUUAAGGCGUGGCCCCUGCAGCAGCUUUUGAGCAAACACUGAGCUUUUAAAGCAGCUGGAAGCCUGAAAACCAUCACAUAAUUACAGCACCCGCUCAGACUCACGCGCACAGCCAUUUUUUUUAUUUUUUUAUUUUUUUACCGCAGUGCAUCUGCAGCAUCCUGAGAAGCGAGCAUCAGAGGUGCCACCGUGGCGUCAAACUGAGCUCAGCAAGUCUCAAUCAGUGUUUUUCUUUUUUUCUCUCUCGCGCUGUCCGGCUUUUAUGUCUGCGUGUUCGCUCGCGCAGUUUCCUCUGCAAUGCCAGCGCGAGCGAAACAUCGCUUCCACGAGCACGGGGUCAUUAUCAGAUAGGUGAAAUUCCAAGUCUUUCCACAUUCGGCUGGCAUCGCAGGAGAGGACGCGGCUCCGGGGGAAGGAGGCCUGAAAUUCAGGACAGGAGGCUCCAAUUUCUCUGAUCCGGUUCUGGAGAAUUCCUCCUCAGACCUGCAGACUGGUCUGUUUUAAUUACUGGUAGCGUGCAAGAAGUAGCUAUUUAUUCUUCUCAUAGAGCAUGCAAAUGAAUUAAAUAUGCACUGGCAUGUAAAUGUUGUUUUAAUCAGUAGCAUGUUACCCAUCAAGACGCAUUAAUUGUGAAUCUGUUAUUUACCAACAUCAGAGCUGAGCCUGUAUUGAUUGACUGUGGAUGUUUUCAUAAUCGGAGCUCAGGGACAAAGAUAAUCACAUCUCAGGGUGUGGAUGUGGCGGUCACUGUGAGGCAGCAAUAUCUGGAUUGUUCCAUUAGCUACUUGAUUGUUAAUAGCUGAUUUAUUGGCUGCAUUGUGGAAGGAAUUUAGAGAACCAUUUAUAAUUGCAGCAAUAAUUUGUGGCAAUAAAUUGUGUAAGCAACCAGAAGCCGUUGCUGGGAUUGAGCCAAAGACCUGAAACACUUUUGGGAGGCCUGUAAACAAACUACAUGUUUGCACUUUACAAAGUGUGUUUAGCUGCUGGACACCUUCCUGGAGACAUUCGCCUGCACUUUACUGAACCAAAACACAAGCUUUGUUCCUCCAAUCUGAAAGUAAAGCUUUGCAAACUCGGCUGAGCUGCUGGGAACCUGGAGGUGCUCGGUUUAUGAGUGUCGUGAAGCUCCAGCAACAUGGCACCUGUGCACCUGCUGCUCCUCUCCCUGCUCUGCGCCCUGUUCGCGUGCCGGUGCGAUGGCGCCUGUGCUGAGGUGGACUCUGACACGGAGGCCGUGGCAGGAAAAGGCUUCAAACUGGGCUGCAUCUCCUGCAAGAGGAGGAGUGAGGUGGAGGGAACCGCCACGGUUGAGUGGUACUUCAGACCUAAAGGGGAGCCUGACUUCGUUCAUAUCUACUCCUACAACGAAAACGGCCCGACCAUCGAGCACGAAGUCUUCACGGACCGCAUCGGUGGGAGGGAAGCAAAAAGGAGCAACGACAUCCAAGCCUCCAUCUAUCUGCUCAAUGUCACCUUCAACGACUCGGGCACCUACCGCUGCUUCUUCCACCGCAUCCUCACCUACGAGUAUUACGAGUACAACACCGUCAUCGACAAGGUGGUCCACCUCACCGUGGUGAGCUCAGCCACCAGAGGAACGGCCUCCAUCGUCUCGGAGGUCAUGAUGUACGUGUCCAUCAUCGGCCUGCAGGUCUGGCUCCUCAUAGAGAUGAUUUACUGCUACAGGAAGAUCGCGGCGGCCGGGGAGGAGGCGCUACGGGAGGCGGCAAAUGCUGAAUAUUUAGCGAUAGCUUCGGAGAGUAAAGACAACUGUGCAGGCGUGCAGGUGGGAGAAUAGCACAGGCUUCCUUGUUGGACUGAAACUAUCUUUCCAGCUGCUGACCUGCAUGACAACAACCUAGACGAAGAACUCCCCAUCAUCUUCACCUUCUCAUCCACAGACACCACCGGCAGAUAUGACACACACAGAGUGCAUGGAACCAGCACUGUAAAUAGUUUCCUGCUUGUAAAAGCAUGUUCUGCACUUAUACUAAGAAAGCAUUAUGCAUCAAUGAGCCACAAUGUUAAAGCAUAUACAGGAACAUCAGUGGAUGUAGUCAGAGGUCUGUUGGUCUCCAUGAGUUUGACUGUAAAGAAAACUUUUUACUAAAUCUUCACCACCUGAUGUGUAAAUUCAACAUGAACUCAACGGCUGUGAUUUAUAAAGCAGAACAAUGAUGGAUUCUGAUAGACUGUAUUUCAGUUUAAACUGCUAGUUGUACAUUCAGUGGAAUUUAAAAGAUAUGCUAA